UUCAUCACUAGUAUCGAGACGGCUAAAUCGCCCUGUGCAUUUUUACACAGGGUUAUUAAAGGGUGAUUUAAAGGCAGGCGAGUGGCCUAUAAUUCUCCAAAUGUGUCUUUUGUUGCACAGUUUGCACGUUGAUGUGUGGUGCGCGCUCGUUUUCCCUUUUUUUUUAGUUUUUAUAAAUCCUGUGGCUCUUGGGGGCGGUUAGAAGGCGGUUUUACAGAGAGGCGUUGUACCCUGCCGAUAACCAGCCGCGCACAAGGAAGUCACGUUCCUGCAGGCCCCGACAGAAAAGCAAUCGUGGAACGUUUGUCCGACGCUUCCACAUCUGCGCGUGCCCGCCGUCGCUUUGAGACGUUCUGGGAGCCGUUUGCCGACAUGUGUCGCUCCUCGCGUUGACCGCUGUUUUUGCCUCACUGGAUUUCUUCUCGAUCGAUCGAACGAGAGUUGCCUCCGUUACUAUGAGCGACGGCGUCCUGUCGCCGAGCUCGCCGCUCCAGCUGGGCCCAUGGAGGCUUGGGGAGGCCGAGACCACGGCCUCGCCUAGCAGCCCUCUUCCCAACAGCGUGAAGCCGCGCUGGACGGACCUCCUGGCGCCGGUGCAGCCAGGGGUGGACGGAGUGCAGCUCGUCAGUCACGUGACGCUGCACGUGGGCCUGCAGUCCCAGGAGCGGUGCCUCAUCCUCCUCCCCAGCACCUUGAUCGUCGCAAAAUACAAGUCGGGCGGCGUGAAGCCCAAGACGGCCGUGCGUCUCUGCGAGAUGUGGACGGCCUCCUGCCUGGGCGACGUGUGCGAGGCCCCGGUGCCACUGCUCUCCUCCUUCGUCGUGGGGUGGCCCACGACCAACCACGUCGUCACCUUCAGGUCUGAAGAGGACAGAGACAUAUGGUUCGCCGAGCUCAACAGGAGAAUUGAAGUGGAGAAAGCCAAAGAGGAGCCGAAAUCCAUCCCGCUGAAGAUACUGGUGCAGGACAUCCCGACGCCGGCUUUUGCUAAGACCCUGUGCGUUGGCAACACGGAUACAGCACAGGAGGUGAUCGCCAUGGCCCUCAAGCAGUUCUCGAUCACGGGCCAAUCCAGUGACUUCAAGCUGUGGGUUUACUCUGGCAAAGAGGGGACGCCUUAUCCACUCAUAGGGCACGAGCAGCCGUACAGCGUGCGCAUGCGGCACGUCCGCGACGCCGUCCAGUGCCUGGGUUCGGACGUCCGCGUGGGCGGCAGCUCCUUCCCCGUGGACGCUCGCUUCCCGGACGAGAGCCUGCCCCCCGACCUCCGCUGCCACUUCGUGCUCCGGGCCACGCAGCGGCGGCCGUCGCAGCCGCCGCCGCCGCCGCCAGCCGCGACCUCCGUUCGAGACGAGGCCGUCGACUCGAGUGGCGGCAAGCUGAGGAGGAAGCGGUCGCUGAUGUCGUGGACGCUGCGACGGAGCUCCUCGCGCUCCGACUCGGACGCCCCCCUCUCGCCCCUCUCCCCCGCCACCCCCUCCGCCGGCGGCGUCUUCGGGGUUCCCUUGUCCCUGCUGUGCCCGGAUGGGGCGCCCCCCAGAUCCAUCAUGGCCUUGCUGUCGACAAUAUUCCGGGAGGGCCCCUUCACCCGGGGGAUUUUCCGGAAGUCGGCGAACAUGCGGCACUGCCGGACGCUGAGGGAGAGGCUGGCCUCGGGGGAGCACGUGGAUUGGACGCAAGAGACGCCGCACGUCGCUGCGGCUGUCUUCACGGACUUCCUGCGAAAUCUGCCCGGGAGUCUCCUCUGCUCGGAGCUGUACCACGGGUGGCUCGAGGGCAUUUCAGAGGAGCACCCUCAGGAGAGACUGAACAGCGUACAAAGGCUGCUGCGCCGCGUGCCGCCGUGCCACCGCCUCCUGCUGCGAGCGCUGCUCUGCGUGCUGCACCACGUCGCGGCGCUGUCACGGCACAAUCACAUGACGGCGGCGAACCUGGCGCGGUGCGUCGCGCCCAGCCUGCUGUGGCCGAGCCGCGGGGGGGAGCAGCAGCAGCAGCAGCAGCAGCGCAGCGACACGCUGCAGGUGGUGGAGCUGGUGGAGUUCCUGAUCUGCCACUGCCAGGAGUUGCUCGGAGAGGACGUGACGACAAUCUUCGGUCCUUUGCCCGAGCCGAGCCAAACGGACGCCGACAAUUCCGACUCGUCAGACGCCUCCUCGCCGAUGCGCCGGCGCGGCUCGUCGUGCGACGGAACGCCCGCGGGCCUUCACGACGACGACGGCCGCGGCGACGACGACUCCCAGCUGCUGUCCGAGUGCCUGCGGGCGCUCAGCUUCAGUCGCACGGCGCAGGCCCUCUUCCCCGACAUGCUCUGCCACCUCGGCGUCAACCGGCGGCCGAACGCCGGCGGCUCGCGGCUCGACGCCUCCCCGGUCGGCGGCGGCGACGACGGCAACGACGGCGGCGACGAUGGCGACGACGGCGGCGUUUGUGGCCGGAGCCUCGAAAACCCUGAGGGCGGCGACAGCCCCGAGAAGAGGGGGCGCCGGCGCGUCGUCGGCAACGACCGCAACGGCAACGUGGAGUACGGCGACGACGACGACGACGACGACGUGUUUCGCGCCAACGGCUUCGGGAAACGUCCCCCGGCGAGAGCGGACAGCCCCACCCCCGCGAGCCAGGAGGCGAGGAGCCGCGUGCCGUUGUCCAGGCCGGCGUCGCUGAGGCUGAGCUUCCCCUCCUACGGGCCGGGCUCGUCCUCCAACCUGUCGACGGGCGGAAUGUCGACGUCCUCGCAGAGCUCGGCGGAGAGCCUCCGCUCCCUCUCGACGUCUCCCGACUCGCUGUCCGCAGCCGAAGCUCGCCGAGCCGGCGCUCGGCGGUCGGACGCGGGGUCGCGGCGCCGCCGCCGCCGCCGAGCCGCUGAAGCGCUCGCUGUCCGCCAGCGGCCCCGGGCUCAACCUGUCCUUCGACUCCGCGUCGACGUUCUACCGAACGGAGAAGGCGGCCGCGUGGCCCGUGACGAGCGAAAUGCGGAGGCGGCUGUUGAAGUCGUCGCAGAGCCUGAGCCCGGGGCCACACGAGCCCACGCGGUCGGCGAUCUUUUACCGGAACCGCUGCACCCCGCCCCCCUCCUGCUCCUCCUCCCGCUCCGUCGAUUCGCUGCACUCCAACGACCUCGCCGCCGAUCGCCCCCGCUCAGGAGCGAGCGUCGCCGGAGGGACCUUCUCGGCGGCGGCCGCCGCCGCGGAGAGACGGCACGCGUGGUCCGCGGGGACCCUGAACUCUCCCGAGCGGCGGAGGGCUCCCCGGCAGGGUGGCUCGAUGCAGGGCACGGUGGAGUCGCUGCUCAGCCCGCUGGUGAACCGCUCCUGGUUCCGCACGGGCUCUUACACGCUCAAGAGGAUGCCGAGCGGAGACGGGCGGCGGGGCACGGCGGUGCCGCGACGGGGGGAGGAGUCGCCGCUCUUCAGGCGCGGCUGCGGGAUCCUGGAGGCCGGAGCGGCCGGUCGCGACCGCGGUGGCAGCGCCGGGACGCCCCCCCUCCCCUCGCCCUCGGACUCCCCCCGCAGGGGGGCCGCCCGUGGAUUUGCCCCAGAAGGGUUGUUCUUUAGUGGACAGCGCUCGCCUGACGAGCAGCUGGACGCUCGUCUCCCGGCGGGCGGCGGCGGUGGCGGCGGUGGCAGCGGCCGUGGCUGCUGUGCUCGCUGUCAGGACGGCGGAUUGGCGGCCUGCCGCGGGUCGCCCGCGUGCGCCGGUUGUGGCGAAACGUGGACGGACGGCCCGGGCGGCGGUGCAGUGGAGCGCCACGAUUUGGAACGCAGAGCUUAACCCCCCCCCACCGCCGCAGGUGCAUUGAGCAUGUGGCGCAUACCUGGGCGUGUAUACACACACACGUGUGUUCUCACACGUGUGUGUGUAUACACGUGUGAGAACACACGUCCAGUGAAAGGUGAAUGUGCAGCCCUGCAGUGUCUUGCUCAGGCCACUGCUGGCUCAAAGGCCUCCACUUGAGGCAGCUCUGAAGAGCCGUCUAGAAGGUAUUUGGGGCUGAUCUAUCGCUCUGGCCAGACUUCUCAGUCGAGGCGGGAGUACCCACAGUUCUCGCCACCUGCGGAUCGACUGCGGCGUACCUGUUUCAUGCCGCAGAACUACACACGGUGACGCGUAUGCUUGUGUGGUUUUUCAAGAGUGACACGGCACAAGGCGCAGCUUGUUUGCGAGUAAGAGAGGACCCGUGCCCUCGCUUGUGCCUCCCAAGCCAAAGCAGAUCGUUGGCGCGCUCGGCAUCGGCGCCUUCCUUGGAGCGCAGCGCUAAACUGAGCGCAGUCUCGAUUUAAAGCUUCCGUGACUGCAGGGAUUCAUCUCCUUGGUUCUUUCGGUAAAGUCACGCAGAAGGGAAAUAAUAAAAAGAAAGCAUAAAUGAAUUUAUUAUUGUGCUUUGUUUGCAUUAAUUUAUUAAUAAUAAAAUAACAAAAAUAAAACGUGAUAAAAUAAAUUUAUUACGUUUUAUUUAUAUCACUUUAUUAUUUCCCGUCUACGUGACUUUACCGAAAGAACCAAGCAGAUGAGCGCGGUCUAUUCCGCAGACGUGUGUCGUUUCAAAGAGACGGAGCGAUGUUGCUCAGUGACUUUACCAAAUGCGGUAAUUUGUGAGGGUUUUUUUUCUCUCCCAAAUCUGGCAAAUUUGGGCUGUGACAGCAGCGUACAUGGUCUACGCGCACGUACCUCUGAGUGAAAAUUACUCGCUGGGGGCCGAUGUGCCGCUGUCUUUGCAAGAUCCUAGCCGUUUGAAUUUAACAAUUUGGCGGCAUUGUACAUUUUUGUUCGGAUUUAUGAACCAUUGUAUUUUCAUUGCAAGCUUAGCCUGAAUCCAGUAUCGCUGUUCUAAGUGUUUGUAAUUAUUUUUUUCUUUAUUUAAAAAAAAUAGCGCAAGUAUCUUCAAAACGUCGUGCGAGACCCAAGCAUCGCACCUCCUGGCUUUGACAUUUCUCCUCGAAGACACUGGCGGAACCAUCAACCGCAUCACAACGUCAACAGGCUGAUGCACACAACUCCUUCAUGAAUGGAAGAUUGAAGACAAGCCACAGCAGUGCGGCUGUGGCCACGCAACCCAAACUGUGGACCAAGUCGUAAGCCCACUGGAGUCUGCGCUCCUCCAGCGGAGGAGGAGGAGCAGCAAAACUACACAAACUCUCUCCUGAAGCCCUCUCACUGCUGGCAGACCUCAACAUUGGCAUUUAGCUCCUGAACAGAUUGCCAAAUGCAAGAAGAAAAUAACAAUUUAUCGGAGGCACGUAACAACAGUCUUAAAAACUUAAGGCGAAUGUCAUGUCAAGUUAAUUAAUGUCUUGGAAUAAAAAAAAUGGAAAUGACCAUAUUUCAGUUAUUUUGUAAUUGCUACAGCUGCGCUUGACGAUUUAAAUGUAAAAUUUUGAUUUAAAGCUUUCGUGACUGCAGUAAAUUCAUAUUCUUAGCUCUUUCGGUAAAGUCACGUUGAA